AUGCACAUACAUUCGUUGACAGCUCAUGCUGCCUUGCUCCUACAGCUUGGCUUGGCGAUCGGUACGCCUUUAUUGCAACAUCAGGUCGAGGAGCUAAGCUCAACAUCGGCAUCGUCUUACUCACAGCACGAGCGGCGCCAAUCCUCCAAUGGCACGUUUGUUGUCACUGGCGUGGCAGGCGCAGGCGUGCAUCCACGACUAGAGCUCAGAGCAAUGCAGGAUGAUGCCGACCUAUGGAACCUCUAUAUCCUUGGGCUUCGGCGCUUCUAUGAUACUGACCAGGAUGAUAAGCUAUCUUUCUACCAGAUCAGUGGCAUCCAUGGUCGACCUUACGGCGAUUGGGAUGGCGUUCCUCCCGCCGAGGACACUGAUUCUCCCGGGUACUGUCUGCAUGUUUCUAACCUCUUCCUGACGUGGCAUCGACCUUACCUGGCCCUGUAUGAGCAGCUCAUCUACGAGCACGUGAUCGAUGCGGCCAACUCAUUUCCAGCAGGCGCUGUCCGACGUCGAUAUCUAGCAGCGGCUGGACGGUUCAGAGUACCUUACUGGGAUUGGGCUGCAGUACCUCCAAAUGGGGAGAGCGUGUGGCCCACUGUUGUCACUACACCGACCAUUGGGGUGACUCUACCCAAUGGCACAGCGAAUAUCUCGAAUCCACUCUAUGCAUACAACUUUCACCCGAACUUACUUGAGGAUCAAGUAAUCGACAUGUUCUGGGAUCCAUUCACCCAGUGGGAUGAAUCAAAGCGAUAUCCAACUCAGCCACUCACCACUUUAUCUGAAAGCCAGAACAAUCUCAUUGGAUCGGUUCUCGACAACCUCAGGAACAAUCUUAUGAACCGGCUGUACAAUCAAUUUACGUACUACGACAACUUCACGCUGUUCUCGACGUCGGCCUGGAUAGAGAAUGGUAUCCAGAACGCAGAUAGCGCGGAGUCGAUCCAUGACGUGAUACACAACAAUGUUGGCCAAGGUGGCAGUAUGACCUACCUUGAAUUCUCAGCUUAUGAUCCAAUUUUCUGGCUACAUCAUACUAUGAUGGACAGAAUACUUGCGUUGUGGCAAGAGCUCCAUCCGGAAAGCUACGUGCAGCCUAGGGUCACUGGCAUGGGUUCAUACACAAUUCCCGUUGGCAUGACGGCUGAUGCCAAUACUCCGCUUGCUCCGUUCCACAAAAGCAGCAACGGUGACAUGUACACAUCGAACGAUGUCCGCUCGACAACGACUUUCGGCUAUACGUAUCCAGAGUUGGCCAACAAUGCAUCCACUGCUUCAGUCAGAGUUGCCAUGAACACGCUCUACGGCAGUAAUGCUGCGGCGGGAGGCCCAGUCCGGAGGGCACAACCCAUCUCUAGCGCUGCUUCGAGAAAGCAAGUCGAGACAACUCCUGGUGAGGUCAUUGAUGGCCAGUAUCGACAUUACGUCGCCAAUAUCGUAAGCAGCAGAUUUGCUGUCAACGGAUCCUACUCCGUGUAUGUAUUCCUAGGCGAUCCUGGUGAAGAAGAGCCUAGCAAUUGGCAGCUAUCGCACAAUUUGGUUGGGUCGCACUCGGUGUUCGCAGCUUUGACGAAAGCAGGCGCUAGGAUGAAGACCGCUGGCAUGAACCCUAUCAAGGUCACUGGAGCUAUACCACUGACGGAUAGUCUUCUCAACAAAGCGGCAGCGGGAGAGGUCAAGAGCAUGGACUCAGAAACAGUCGAGCGAUACCUGCGGAGGAGUCUGCAGUGGCGAGUGGCCAAGAUGGACGGCACGAUCCUCGAUGCUGCAAACGUAUCCGACCUUUCGAUCACGAUUGUCAGCGCCCGCGUGAACCCGGCUGUCAACGACGAUGACUUUCCAUCCUGGAGCGACUUCCGAGAACUGAAAGCCGUCACCGAAGGCAAGGUUGGAGGCCGCUGA